UUGAAGAACCGGAAGUUCCAGUGUUUUGGUAACGGCUGCGGAAGAAGUGGUCAUUUGGCCGAUAUCUCGUCCAAGCAGUAGUUUCCCAUCAAAACCCGAUACUAAUUCAACGACAAAUGUAACGUUAACCGUUUCACAGAAAUUCACAAUGGGGUUUACACCGAGACGCUUUCUUGGUGUUAAACCGUCGAAAGCGCUCCUGUUGUUGCCUUUUCUGUUGACAUUCUUGCUCGUCGGGAGCCAAGGCGAGAGCAGUGCGAUGGACAACGUCUCAACUGAGAGGCUGGCUGAGGAAAGCCACCGACAGGACAGUGCCAAUCUACUCAUAUUCAUAAUGCUUUUAACACUCACCAUUUUAACUAUAUGGCUGUUCAAACACAGGCGAUUUAGGUUCCUGCACGAAACUGGACUAGCCAUGAUCUAUGGCCUGUUGGUGGGUGUGAUCCUGCGGUUCGGCAUACAUGUGCCCCAGAACAUGAGUGACGUGAUCCUCAGCUGUGCUGUCAACGCCAGUCCCGCUACUCUGCUGGUCAACGUUAGUGGGCGAUUCUACGAGUACACUCUGAAGGGGGAAGUCAGCCGAGGCAAAGGUCUUCAAGUGCAGGACGAUGAGAUGCUGAGAAAGGUGACCUUUGACCCAGAAGUGUUUUUUAACAUUUUGCUGCCUCCCAUCAUCUUCCACGCCGGUUACAGCCUGAAAAGGAGACAUUUCUUCAGAAACAUCGGCUCCAUCUUGGCCUAUGCUUUCAUGGGAACAGUUAUCUCCUGCUUUGUUAUUGGGCUGAUUAUGUAUGGCUUUGUGUCCUUCAUGAAAGUUGUGGGCCAGCUUGGGGGAGAUUUUUUCUUUACUGACUGCCUCUUAUUUGGGGCCAUCAUUUCAGCAACAGACCCAGUGACGGUGCUGGCUAUCUUCAAUGAGCUAAAAGUAGAUGUGGACCUGUAUGCUUUACUCUUUGGGGAGAGUGUCCUCAAUGAUGCUGUGGCCAUCAUCCUUUCUUCUUCCAUUGCGGCGUACCAGCCUGCAGGAGACAACAGCCACAGCUUUGAGGCUAUGGCCAUGUUGAAAUCCUUCGGCAUCUUCCUGGGCGUCUUUAGUGGAUCCUUUGCUCUUGGGGUGGCCACUGGAGUCAUGACCGCUCUAGUGACCAAGUUCACUAAGCUGAGGGACUUCCCCUUGCUAGAGACGGCUCUCUUCUUCCUUAUGUCUUGGAGCACCUUCCUAUUGGCUGAGGCCUGCGGGUUCACAGGCGUAGUGGCGGUGCUGUUCUGUGGGAUCACUCAGGCUCACUACACCUUCAACAAUCUCUCCCCUGACUCUCAGGACAGGACCAAACAGUUGUUUGAGCUGCUGAACUUCCUGGCAGAGAACUUCAUCUUCUCCUACAUGGGUCUGACUCUCUUCUCCUUCCAGUCACACGUCUUCAACCCUAUGUUCAUCGUCGGGGCCUUUGUGGCGGUGUUUCUGGGCAGGGCUGCAAACAUCUACCCUUUGUCCUUCCUGCUCAACCUGGGCCGCAAGAACAAGAUUGGAUACAACUUUCAGCAUGUCAUGAUGUUUGCAGGUCUGCGUGGGGCGAUGACCUUUGCUCUUUCUAUCCGAGACACAGCGACUUACGCCCGUCGGAUGAUGUUUUCAACCACCCUCCUAAUAGUCUUCUUCACUGUCUGGGUCUGUGGAGGGGGGACCACGCCCAUGCUGACCUUCAUGAGCAUACCGGUGGGUGUGGAUGCUAAUCAAGACAACUCCAGUUCAACAAUGUUGGAUGGGUCACAGCGGAGGAACACCAAACAUGAGAGCGCCUGGCCCUUCAAGAUCUGGUAUAACUUUGAUCACAACUACCUGAAGCCCCUCCUGACCCACAGCGGCCCUCCUCUGACUGCUACUCUGCCUACUUGUUGUGGGCCGCUGGCACGAUGCCUCACCAGCCCACAGGCCUAUGAGAACGAAGGCCGGCUCCACGACGAUGACUCCGACUUCAUCCUGAACGAUGCCAGCGUGAGCUCCAUGUUCGCCGACGUCACCAUCAGCACGGACGCAUCCGGAUCCCACACCGUCAACCGCUCCUCCACCACCGGGGGCGGCCCGUCUGAUGAAGGUCUGGAUCAUGAGCUCGCCUUGGCGGAACAUGAAGUGGCGAUCAGGGGCACCCGCCUGGUCCUGGAUGACCCAGUGGAGCCCCCGACCACUGUCACCCUGCCCCCGCCACCCUCCCCGCCACGCUCGGAACCUCGCAGGCACAGACUGUAGGAAUGCUUACACUGUCUGGAUGAAGUUUGUUGUUUUAAAAAAAAAAUCACAAAUCAUCUAAUUUGGUUUCUCAAGAAAAUAGCAUCUGAUAGUUGAUUUGUUUGGAUUUUUGAUUGAAAAACAAACCGCUUCACAUAAAAGUCACCAUGUCGGUGGGACCACCUAUCUACCAUGUUUUUAAAAA